AUGGCUGAUCCCUGUGAUGACACUGAAGACGCCUCGGCCGCCUUCGGUGCAAACUCAGCCGGCACCCCGCCCAGCAUCACAAUCAUGCGAGGCAAACGUCUGGCCGUCAUGCAAAUGGACUACGACUGGAUCGACUUUGUUGGCCUCUGCAAAUCGCCCUACCUCUGUGGUGAGUGGAGUUCACACUCGUCAUCACGCAUCUCCUUGGUCUGUCCUCUGAUUUUCAUGCCGCACAUACUGUUCGCAGAUUUUUCCCUUAACGUUGACUUGAUUGCAUGCUCAGCCCUCGCACAGCUAGGAACCACUAAUUCCACCCCUUAUGUAUGCUGCAUAGGGCCUUUGCAUUUUCCUUCAAACCUAGAUCAACUCUCACUGUCGUUCAACUUAUCUGGGCCGUUAGGACACGGUACGACCACGAUCUCACUGCAGGAGCGAAACAGAUACUUGAGUCGUCACUGGUAGGUGGGCACAUUUAAAGAAGGCGAUCAGUGGCCAAUUCCGUAGCUUUGUCUCCUAUAAUCUGGGGGUUGAGAGGCUAGACAAGUCUUCAUACUGCCCGCUGAAGGCUGGCCAUACUCACGACAGAUGUUUGUUUGAAUGCAAAUUUUCCUCUUCACACAUGGAACUGAGGCCAAUUCAUUUGCGCCUUUGUCUACUACCUUGUCAUCAAGUAGGACCAGAUAAGAGGGCCCCCCAUUCAAAAACAUUUCCAGGGAGAUUCGUUGUUUCCAGGGAGGUUGGAGACUUUAUAUUCUCAAAAGACACCCUCUUAUUGAUGCUAACUUUCAAGAUGAGGGGGAUCCAUUCACGGGGAGAUUCGUACUUAUGGUCUAACGUUUUCAGUAACCAAGUUAGUUCCCACUCCUUGGCGGUUGGUGAGUCCACCUUGCAG